CAUUAUUUCUGCGGGAGGCCCAGCCCGCCGCGUGGCUGCCGGGAAGGCGGCGGGAAGAUGGCGGCCGGCAGCGCGGCGGGAGCGGGGCGAGGCCGGCACCAGGCAGCGGACCCGGGACCGGGAGCGGGCCCGGCCCUGCUCGGCGCGGUGCCCGGCGCCCCCAGCUGCCCGCACGGUCCUGCUCUCCUCUUCGUAAAGGUCAGCCAAGGCAAAGAGGAGGGGAGAAGAUUUUAUGCUUGCUCGGCUUGUAGGGAUAGAAAAGAUUGUAACUUUUUCCAGUGGGAGGAUGAGAAGGUGUCAGAAACGAGGCUUGCAGCACGUGAAGAAUAUAAUAGAAAUCAUCAGCCACCUUAUACUCACAGGCAGAAUGUGGAGAGGUACAAGAAUUUUGUCCUGUUGCCAUUAUCAAAGAGGAGGUUUUGCCAGGAAUGUCAGCAACUGCUAUUGCCAGCUGAAUGGGAAAAGCACUCCAGUCACCAGAUCCUGUGUGAUAUCUCCACUGCCCAGUUAAGAAGUCCCAGUCAACUUCUGUAUCCACUGGAAAAUAAAAAAACAAAUGCACAGUAUUUAUUUGCGGACAGAAGUUGCCAGUUUCUACUGGACCUUAUUAUUUCAUUAGGAUUUAGACGAGUGCUCUGCGUUGGAACACCUAGGCUCCAUGAAAUGAUCCAGUCAAAAGCAUCACAAGAAGAAGAUUUCACGGUUAGAAGCCUUCUGCUAGAUAUUGAUUUCAGGUAUUCACAGUUUUACACAGAGGACGAAUUCUGCCACUACAACAUGUUUAAUCAUCAUUUUUUUGGUGGAGAGGCUGCACAUGAAACUUGUAGGAAAUUCUUACAUCAAGACAAAGAUGAAAGAGUUAUUAUGGUGACUGAUCCCCCAUUUGGAGGUUUAGUGGAAGCACUGGCUUCUAGUUUUAGAAAACUGAUGGCAAUGUGGAAGGAGACAGAAAAAGAAGGUUGUGAGAACAAAGAGAUGCCCAUGUUCUGGAUAUUUCCAUACUUCUUUGAGUCUCGUAUUCUUGAAUUUUUCCCAAGCUUCAGUAUGAUGGAUUAUCAGGUAGACUAUGAUAAUCAUGCACUAUAUAAACACGGCAAGACAGGUCGCAGGCAGUCUCCUGUCCGUAUUUUCACGAACCUCUCCCCAAGUAUGAUUGUACUUCCCAUAGAAGAGGGCUACAGGUUCUGUGCUGUAUGUCAACGAUAUGUUAGCUCUGGCAACCAACACUGUGAGAUAUGCGAUUCAUGUACAUCAAAAGAUGGUAGACAAUGGAAACACUGUAUUCUUUGCAAAAAAUGUGUAAAACCCUCUUGGUUUCACUGUAAUAACUGCAACUGCUGCGCUCUUCAAAACCACACUUGUGAGAAGACUGAUGCUGGCUGUUUUGUUUGUGGCAAGGCAGGUCACAAACGCAGUACCUGUCCCAGUCUCUCCCACACUAGAACAUCAUGUCAAGCUGACAAAAAGCAAAGACAGAAAACUCUGAAGAGGGUAAAGAUGGGGAUCCAUAAAAGAUUGGCCAUGAAACACGCCAUAUUCUCCAGAAGAAAAAUAAAGAAUAAGAAAAAAAAAGACAUGACUGCUUGAUAUAUAAUUAUUUAAGAGACUUUUUUUACGGACAGCCUUUGAUUAAUUUUUUAAAAAAAUGUUAAUAUCAAUGUUCAAAAUAAAACUUGAUUUAAAGUGACAAUUCUGUUGUUGCACAUCAUUACUGGAGCAGAAGUGCAAAAGAAGCCACACUCUUUACCA